AUGCGGGGCGAGGUCGUGGCCCGCGGGCUCGAAAUAGGCCGUAUCGCUGGCACGAUGCACGGCAAGCAUCGUGCCAAGGCUGGUGGCGGGAAGAAACAAGGAACGAAGAUUCGUAUCACGGCGAACCAAUCAUUCCGCGAUACGCGUGGACGCAACGUGUCAGCGUCAGCGUUGCUCCUAACCACGAUGGCCACCGAACAGACUGCGCCGGAGCCCGCCCCCGCGAGCGCUGCUCACUACGAAAUGAACGUUCACUUGCACGGCGGGAAGGGCGGCGCAGGCGGGGCCGCACAGGGCCGGGGCGGGCGAGGCGGAAAGGGCCAGGGCGGUCGGCUCAGCGUGUAUGCCGACAACGCCGUGAUCCACCAACAUCCGAUGAAAGCUGAAAAAGAACCGGCUACUCAGAUUCCGAACGAUUUAGUGAUCAAUUCAAAAUAGAUGCCAGCAACCCCGCCACAAUCACUGCCGCUUUCAAAGAGCUUGCCCGCCUCAAAAAAGCUGACAGGGCCUAA